AUGGAGAAAUCGUUAUUUUUUGAUGAGUCACAUGAGAGUGAUUUAGUUGAAUCAAUUGAUGAAUUCAGUUUGAGAGAGGAAAUGACAUUACCUGCUUCAGAAAAUUCAAAAAAAAAAAAUCAACGACAAGAUGGCUUUUGGAAAAGCAUCUCUGAGAAAUUUAUGAGUUAUCAAAAUAAUAUUUCUAAAACACGUCGAAUUAUAACAGUCUCCAUGGAUGCAGAGUUUCCCCAGAACGAAAUUGACAAAAUUGCACAAGAUUUUGCUAAUCAUGUCCAAUGGUCUCCACAACCUAUUCCUAAAUACCUUCAAAAACAUUUCGAUUCUAAUUACGAUCCAUCUAAGAUUGAGAGGAUUGAAGACUAUUCAGCAAUAUGUCAUAUACCUUCCGUAAAGGGAGCUAAUACUGAAGAAUCACUCAAAUAUACAACAAUAUACCCUCUGUUUAAUGCAGUCGUGGAUCCAUUAUUGGUUAAUGAUAUGUGGGGAGAGGUUCAAGCAGUUGGUUCUAAAGAAGCAAGAAACGAAAAUGCGAAUCCUUUUGUUAAGCUCGCGUUGGAAGAAAGGUCGAUAUGA